UUUUUUCUUUGUUUACUUCGUUUACAUUUCUCCCGCUUGUCUUGUCCAUUAAGCUGACUAUUACGAAGUGUUUAUGUAACUUUACAGAAGACAGAUCCGGACAUAAAUCGGAUACACGCCGCACCUAACGCGAGUUGAUGCCUAAGGCAAGAAAUGCAUCGCCACCUUUCGAUAGGCUUCUAUCAAAUCGGGAUACCGCUGGCUGCCCAAAGCUUUCAGCGAACACAUCAUUCAAGCGUCUUUGCCUUAAGUCCGACUCAUAUAUAGUUCAACUAUUGCGCACUUGACAAGCAACCAGUUCCCGAUAUCCCUUUCCUACACACUUUUAUUUUGGAGGGCCUAAGACGUGAUAAGGCAGCCUCUUAGCACAUCUCACAAAUUCAGCCCUGCAAUACCUUCGCUGGCAUUUUCGUCAACAGCACAUAUCAAUCACACAACAUCCCGAUCAAAAUGUCCGACGACUGGGACUCCGUGACUAAGAUUGGAAGCAGGGUCCGUGGCGGACCUUCUGCUCCAAAAGAGAAGGUUAUCAAAGGAGAGGCUGCUCUCAAUGCAGCUCGUCGCACGGGCGCUCCCAUCAUCACAGAGAAGAAAUUCACGACAGCGAACCAGAACAAAGGUGUGGAGGGACAGCACCUGACAAAGGUAGACCGUUCAGACGAUAUCAUAAAGCCCAAGACAGUGGGCACGGAAGUGGGCAACGCGAUCAAGAAGGCGCGCGCCGAGGCCAAGAAUGACAAGGGCCAGCCGAUGACACAGAAGGAUCUAGCGACCAAAAUCAAUCAGACGCCUACCGUGGUGGCUGACUUCGAGCGAGGCACUGCAGCGCCCAACGAGAAGAUUCUAAGCGACAUGGAGCGCGUGCUCAAGGUGUAUCUAAGAGGGAAGAAUAUUGGCGAGCCCAAGGUGUUUGGAAAGAAGAAGACUUGAGCGUGGCAUUAUUUUCUCGUCCUCGGACGUGCUCGUGGUUGGAUGAACGCGAUGCGAGGAUUGAUACAUAAGAGCUCGACGCUUGCAGACGUCUACGAUAUUAUAUAUAUUCAUGUUUUCACAGAGACAGACACACAUAUAUAUACAUAUACGUAGUGGUGCGUGGGGCACAGAUUGUAGGAAUAGGCUAGGGCACUGGCGGCACAACGGUCAAACAUGGCCUUUUUGUGUGCAUUGCAGCCUAUGUCGACAUGCACCCUCCAAAAGCACUCUGAUGGUCUUCUUCCUCGGACGGGCAUUGCAACGCAGGAGUUUUUGUUUUGGGCCGUAGACAAACUCAUAGAUCGACACUUGAAUGCGCGGACAAAUAGACAUGAAAUACGACGGCAUCUCACAAGGAACAAGAUCACAAUCAAAGCAGAGUGAAACGCGGUGAACGAC